AUGGCUGAAACCAUCAACCUGUUCCUUCUGAUCAGUGAGACGUCUAUGACACCAGCUCUAAUAGCCACCCACUCUAACCAGUGGGGCACUGGCAUCUGUGGCUGCUUCGACGAUUUACAAGUCUGCUGUUUUGCCUACUGGUGCUUCCCCUGUUUUGCCUACACCACCACCUCAAAGUUCGGAGAGUGUUUCUGUCUCCCCCUGCUGGACAUCUUAAUGGGAUUUACCCAUCCAUCCAUGUCCAUGAAGGUGGCGGUGUGCAACCGCUAUGCCAUUCAUGGUGACAUGAUGGCGGACUGUGUGUACUCCACCUUUUGCAACAUCUGCUCCUGGUGCCAGCUGGCCCGGGAGAUCAAGAGACGCAGACAGACCUUCACAGUCAUCAACGCCCAGUCCGCGAUGCUGCCCGGUCAGAACAUGGUGAUGGCCUCCCAGCCUGGGGUCAAUACAUCUCAGACCACGGGUCAUAUCCUCUCAGCCUAUAAUCAACUCCACCCCUCAGGCAGUCUUGGCCACUAG